ACAAUCAAGCUGGGGGGUAACGAGAAAUUAAAUAAGCGAAAAUGGAUAUUUUUGGUUUCGGGCGCAGCAAAGGAUAGUUUGACUUUUCUCCUUUCUCCUUUGCGUAAAUUGAGACUCUUUUUUCUCGGUGGAGUCUUUAGUCUUCAGUCUUCAGUUCCUGUUUGGUUUCGAUCUACGCCAUCGCUUGAAGCAGUUUGACUCAUGGCUUUGCAACGGACGCAACUCAUCGCCGUCGUGUUCCUUAUUCUAUCCCUGGCGCAGUGGGUUGUUGUCUACGGUGACUCCGGCAAAGUGUUACUCUUACCAAACGAGGGUUCUCCUCCUGCUAUGAUUCUUCCUCUACAACACUCUGUUCCCGAUUCUUACGUCUCCGACUCUAGCCCCCGUCGUCAACUUCAGAGAUCGCAGUCCCAACGCCACCCUAACGCUCGCAUGAGGCUCCACGACGAUCUCCUCCGGAACGGGUACUACACGACGCGGCUUUGGAUCGGUACUCCUCCGCAGAGGUUUGCUCUAAUUGUUGAUACAGGGAGCACUGUGACCUAUGUCCCAUGUUCUACUUGCCAACACUGUGGUAAACACCAGGAUCCAAAGUUCCAGCCAGAAGAUUCAGAAACCUAUCAACCUUUAAAAUGCACAUGGCAGUGCAACUGUGACGCAGACAGGAAGCAGUGCACGUAUGAGAGACGGUAUGCCGAAAUGAGUACUAGCAGUGGGGUCCUUGGUGAGGAUGUUGUAUCCUUUGGAAAUCAGAGUGAGCUUUCCCCUCAACGUGCUACUUUUGGCUGUGAAAAUGAUGAGACUGGGGAUCUUUAUACUCAGCAUGCUGAUGGAAUCAUGGGUUUGGGCCGUGGUGAUCUAAGUAUCAUGGACCAACUGGUUGAGAAAAAAGUGAUAAGUGAUUCAUUCUCACUGUGCUAUGGUGGAAUGGGUGUUGGUGGGGGUGCUAUGGUUCUUGGUAGCAUAUCUCCCCCAGCUGACAUGGUUUUUACACAUUCAGAUCCUGGUAGAAGUCCAUAUUACAAUAUAAAUUUGAAGGAGGUACAUGUUGCGGGUAAGCGACUGAAUUUGAACCCAAAGGUUUUUGAUGGGAAGCAUGGAACUGUCUUGGAUAGUGGCACGACUUAUGCAUACCUUCCAGAAUCAGCAUUUAUUGCACUUAAACAUGCUAUUAUGAAGGAAACUCACUCGUUGAAGCAAAUAAGUGGUCCAGAUCCACGUUAUAAUGAUAUAUGUUUUUCUGGUGCAGGAAGUGAUGUCUCUGAACUCUCUAAAAGCUUUCCGGCAGUUGACAUGGUAUUUGAAAAUGGUAACAAGUUGUCACUGUCACCUGAAAAUUACCUGUUUCGGCAUUUAAAAGUGCGAGGUGCAUAUUGUCUUGGGGUUUUUUCAAAUGGCAAUGAUCCAACUACUCUUUUAGGAGGUAUUGUUGUUCGUAACACUCUUGUGUUGUAUGAUCGUGAGCAUACAAAGAUUGGUUUCUGGAAGACUAAUUGUUCUGAGUUAUGGGAAAGACUGCAUGUCUCAGACGCACCCCCACCCGUGUCACCAAAAUCUGAAGGAACAAAUUUGACCGAAGCAUUUGAGCCCUCUGUUGCUCCGUCCCCCUCCCCAUCACAGUAUAAUUUAGAGCUAGGUGAACUCCAAAUUGCUCAAAUAAUUAUUGUAAUUUCAUUUAACGUCAGCUACAUGGAAAUGAAGCCUCACAUUACGGAACUGACUGGACUCAUUGCUAACGAGUUAGAUGUUAAUACUUCACAGGUUCACUUAUUGAAUGUUUCUUCUCUUGGAAAUGCUUCUCUCUCUAAAUGGCUCAUAACACCAAGGCCAUAUGCUGAUUUCUUUACAAAUGCCACCGCAAUGAGUAUGAUUGCCCGGCUUUCUGAGCAUCGAAUGCAAAUUCCCGACUCACUCGGAAGUUAUAAGUUACUUGAUUGGAAUGCCAAGCCUCCAUUGAAACGGACUUGGUGGCAGCAAUAUUAUUUGGUUGUGGCUUUAGCUGUUUUGCUUACAUUGCUUCUAGGACUAGCAACCUUAGGAAUAUUUUUAAUUUGGAAAAACAGACAGCAAACUGAGCACUCAUACGAGCCAGUUGAUGUAGCUGUUAGAGAGCAGGAACUUCAGCCACUAUGAGCGUGUUUUGAACCACUAUUGCUUAGUGGUUUGCCUGGUUAAUGUGGCUGGCAUAUUCGAGUCCAUCAAUGAAAAAACAAUUUAUACAAUCAUAUAGUAUACAACCGAUCAAGAUUUUGCCUGUAUAUAAAGAAUUCUUCAUCUGCAAACACAAUUGUGUUUAUGAUAAAUGCAGUAUAGCAGUGAGUCAAAGGGUGGUAGCUUUAGGUUUUAAACUAAAAUUUCGUUAUAGGGAGAUGCUUAUAUAUUUAUUUAGUUAUUACUU